AUGAAAAAGCAUUCAUUCUAUAUCAUUCACGCUGUAUCGAUCCGCCGUCUUUUUCAAUGGAAAUACGAUUUUUCAUUUUUAGUUUUUAUCAUUUGGAUAAUUUGGUAUCGAUUUUGCGAAAGCUUGAUUAUUGUCUGUAUCAUAAUCCACAAGUCCAGAUUACUGAAUGACGUAUUCGAUAUACAUCGGCUGGUUCAAGAUGAUAGAACAGGAUUUUCUGGAUUACUUGUAUGCAUAGGAUGGGCUAUAGUCCAACAGCAGGCUAUAUGGCUUACCAUCCUUGCUAUCAUAUGCCUUUCCAGUCAACGAGUUCAAACGAUCCUUAAAACGCUCCUAUAUAAUCCGUCUACCAAGACUGUCACUCGUUCAUCACAGCAGACGUACUAUUGUUUUGAAGUAUAUCAUCAUCAACGGUGGUGGGUUGCUACCGGUUGGGGACAUUGUCUAUUACCACAAGAUCCUCCAGCAUGGACAGACAUUCAUUUGGAACCAACCUGCUCAAUUCAUACGUUUAGAUUGCCACCACCGACAAGUAUAGGUAAACAACAAAAACGCGUCACCUGGGUAUGGACGGACCCAGAAUGGAUAAGAGGACAAGAAGGAUGGCAAUACACUGACUGGGCCUGGAAAUUCUGGUCAAAGACUCGUACACGGCGCGAACGAUGGUACCGUUUGGCUGAACGUAAAGAGCAUCUUGUCAAUUUAUAA